AUGGACGUUGCAUGGGGUUUUGCAAAGAAGUGGUCGAUCAGGCCAGUAGAAGAUAACCUGUUCAUACUACAGGUGUCCUGCCUGGGAGAUUGGAACAGGGUGAUGAAUGACGGGCCUUGGAUCUUUAGGCAGUUGGGGGCCAUGAUCGAGCCGUAUGAUGGGAUUGUGGAUCCAAGUUCGGUAGUGUUGGACCACAUCAAUGUCUGGAUCCAAGUGAGGGGUGUUCCGCCUCUAUUCAGAAAGGAGGAGAUUGUACGUGAUAUGGCGGCACGGAUUGGGGAGGUGAAGGGAGUAGAUCUUUACGCUCUAGGGGCGAGCGGAACCAGCUUCGUUCGUGUGAGGGUGAGAAUUGAUGUGAACAAGAGGGUGUUGAGGUUUGUUCGUCUGCACCCUGAGGGCAGCGAGCGUAUCUCGUUUCAGAUGAUGUAUGAGAAGUUACCCCGUUUCUGCGAUAUCUGCGGUUAUAUGGGUCAUGGAGAUCAAGAGUGUGGUGAUGGGGUUCAUGAGGAGGGCGACAAACAGUAUGGGAGCUGGAUGGUGGCGCCGGUGGAGGACUGGCACCCCCAAACUACUGGGGACGCGGAGGAGAUGGAGGUGGCCGACGGCGACGUAGGUGUGAAGACGGGGACGUUGGGCCUGAUAUCACCGGUGAAGCCGCCAGUCUCGAAGAAACCCAAGAAAGUGGUUACAUCUGGUGCAAAGGCGGGCUCCUCUGGGGAGUUCCACCAGGAGCAAUGA